AUGCAUGGCCCAUUGCAUAAUAAAUUCAUAAAGCACAACCCCCUCUUUGUUUUUGCUCUCAUCAAGAAUAUUGUCUAUUUCAAAGCUCUUCCCAUNAACCCUCCCUUCACAUCAUCCAAGAACGCCUCUCACUCGGGCCUAUCACUAUCCAACCUAAUCCUAUCCAGCAAUUCAAACACGCUCGACUCAAUCUUCUCCUAUUGCCAGCAGCCCCCAAUCCACCCGGCAAUCAACCACGUCCCGGGACCCCUCGGCUCCUCCGUCUAUCUCCGUCAGCGAGAUUUAAUCCGAACACUCUCAAACCAAAACAAACUCAUCUGCAGACCAGCCCAGCAUCCGGGCCUUUUCGGGCCAGCCCAUUUCAGCCCGAACAAGCGGAAGCUCUACCGUGGGGUCCGCCAGCGCCACUGGGGCAAGUGGGUUGCUGAGAUCAGACUUCCCCAGAAUCGGAUGAGAGUCUGGCUCGGGACCUACGACUCGGCCGAGGCUGCAGCCUACGCGUACGAUCGAGCCGCUUACAAGCUCCGGGGGGAGUACGCGCGGCUCAACUUUCCGAACCUGCGUGAGCCGGCCCGGUUGGGGCUCGGAGACGAGGCCCGGGUCGAGGCACUGAGGAGCGCGGUGGAUGCCAAGAUACGGGCCAUUUGCCAAAGGGUGAGGAGGGAGAGACGGGCCCGGCGGGCCGAGGAAAAGAGUGGAGAUGUGGCGGAAAAGACGGAUUUGCCCCCGUCGGAUGUGGGGAAUGGGUCGGAGGACGGGUUUUGGGCGGGCGGCUCGCCGGAGUCGUGGUGCUCGGCGGUGGUGGGGCCGGAGAUAGGGGAGGAGGAGAUGGAGGGGUGCUCGCUUGCUCGGCUGCCGUCGUACGACCCGGAGUUGAUAUGGGAGGUUCUUGCUAAUUAA